AUACUGGGUAUCAUAGACAAGCUCCGUGAGCUCGGAAUCAGUGAGAACGUUUCUCUGCCCCAGCUCGUUGUUGUUGGUGAUCAGUCAAGCGGAAAGUCAUCUCUCCUCGAGGGACUCACUGGGCUGUCAUUCCCUGUAGCCAGUGAGUUGUGUACCCGCUUCGCCACACAGAUUGUGUUGCGUCGUGCGCCAGUCGAGGAAGCAGAAGUGCGCAUUACCAUCAUCCCUGGCCCAGAUGCC